AUGACGUUGAGCGGCGCGCCGGCGGGUGACAUGCUGUGAGGUGCUGAGCUUGCGGCGUUACCGGACCGCGCGCUGCUGACGCCGAGCGCGCGGGGGAGCCGCCGGCGCCAUGUUCCGCCGGGCCCGCCUCAACGUGCGGCCCAAUGUGCGGCCCGCGGGCAGGGCCACCGGCGGCGCUGCCGAACCGGAGCCGCAGGGCUCGGGCUCCCCCGCCUCUGCCAGAGCGGAGGAUGCGGCGGGAGCGGCGGCCGCGAGCUCGCCGGCCGCGCGGCGAGCCGAGAGUGAUGACAAGGCUAAUAGCUCAAAUGAUGCUGGAGAAGCUAGUAAACCUGCAGAGAUGCCUACGCAGAGAAGAAAACGGAUCUCUACCAUGCCCAAUCUUGUCAAACCCAGAGCUGGACCUUCAGCUGCACAGUGUUCUGCGUCAAAACCACAGAGGCGAGCAUCACAACCUCCUGAUGGCAGUGUUUCACUUCAGAAGGAUUCUUCUCCAUCAGAAAAGAGUAAUGUUGAAAGCUCUUUAAAGUCUCCCAUGCUGCCCGAAAAGAAAACCCCUGUGCCACAAGUGCCACAGUUUUCCCCACUGAAAAAAUCAGUGAACAAAGAGCAAACUGCAGGUAUAGCUACUUCAAAAAAUGAUGAUACCUUGCAGAAGAAUGUACCUUCUCCACUGAAGGAGAGACCAACACAGGAAAGAUCAGUAACGCAAGAGGAAAAGCUGCCUAUGAAACCUGUUCCUGUGAAAGAGAAACGAAUAUGUUCUGACCGUGAGAGGAUCCUCAAAGCUCGGAAGUUAAGAGAAAUGCUUAAAGAAGAGCUGAGGAAAGAGCGUAUGUUGAAACACAGGCCUCCAGUAAUUGAAGGACGCUCUCCACCAGAUCGUUCUAAAAUGACUAUGAGAGACUUGAUAUACUAUCUGCCAGAAAACAAUCCUAUGAAGUCUUCAUUGGCAGAAGAAAAGAGACCAGAAAAAAGUUCUGCACUGGGUCAAAUGAAAGAACAGGAGGAGAAAAGUACUCCUGACCAUGAAGAGGAAGAUGAGGAGGAAGAAGCAGAAAAUGCGGAGGAGGGUCAGGAUGGCCCACUUCUAGUUCCUCGUGUGAAAGUAGCAGAAGACGGUUCAAUUAUUCUGGAUGAGGAAAGUUUAACUGUAGAAGUUCUAAGAACAAAAGGUCCAUGUGUUGUAGAAGAAAAUGAUCCCAUCUUUGAGCGUGGCUCUACAACUACGUAUUCCAGCUUCAGGAAAAGUUUUUACACAAAACCAUGGUCAAACAAAGAAACAGACAUGUUCUUUUUAGCUAUCAGUAUGGUAGGAACAGACUUCUCUUUGAUUGGACGACUGUUUCCUCAUAGAGCCAGAGCAGAAAUUAAGAACAAGUUCAAACGUGAGGAAAAAGCUAAUGGAUGGAGGAUAGACAAAGCAUUCAAAGAAAAGCGUCCCUUUGAUUUUGAAUUCUUUGCCCAGCUGCUUGAGAAGGUAUUAGCAGAUGAGGAAAAGAGGAAGCAAAAGGCUGUCAAAAGCCAGAAGCCAAAGGGAAAAAAGCCGUCAAGGCCUCAGAGGAAACCAAAAGUAGCAAAAGCUGCCAGCCCAGAAGCUGCUAAUGAUCAAGAUCUUCAGGAAGCCAGAAUUUCUGAUGCAGAAACGGAAGCAGAUGCUGUGACGGCUGAGAAAGAAAAUGAGGAAUCUUUGGAUGUUGCUGAACAGGCAGAAGAACAGGUUGCAUUAGAGCCAGUAUUAGCAAAAAAGAAGAGAAAGAAAAAGAGAAAAGAUGAACAGGAAGCUGAGAAUCUUCCAGAAGAAGUGGCUGUUCCUUCAAAAAUCACUGAAGAAGGGAAAUCCUCUAAGAAAACAGAAAAAAAAGUGGUAUGUGGUGCAAAAAAUGAUGAUCGUACUCCCUGUAGAGAAGAAUCGGAUAGUGUUAUUGAAGGAAAAGAUGAGACUGCUGUUACAGAGGAAGUGAGAUCGGAGUCCUGUUUACCAGUGGAUGACACAAGGGAGAGACAAAGUGAUGUCAACUUAUGCAGCUUUGAAGAUAACAUUGAUGUUAUACUAGAAAUGGAAUCUGCUAAACUGAGAACUCUAGAUAUUAGAGAUGAUACAUCACAGGAAAGCCAGAUUUCAGAGUUGCCAGUUUCAAAGAUUAGAAGCGAAGACAGGCAAUCUGGAGAAACUAGAGAAACAAAGAACAAAGACGUGCAUGACUUACAUAGACCAGAUGAAAAGCAGAGUGCAUCAGAAACUGAUUCUCAGUCUGAAAUAAUGAAAACUGAAAAGCCAGCAGUCAGUGGACGCUUGCAAAGACCUAAGCCCAAUUUAGUGAGAUCAUCCAGAAGGAGAGAAGGAGCAACCCAAGAGAAAACAGAGGCCGAAACUUCCACUCCAAACCUUGUGAAUGCAGAUGAAAAGCACUCUGAGGAAUACAGUAGAAGAAACAGAAAUGAAGCCACAGAAGUAGAGAACAUGGAUUUGGAUACUAAAUCUGAAGAACCUGAAAAAACUGUAAUUGCAAAGGCAAUAGUUAGAGGAUGUCGACAGAGAUUUAAGCCUAAUGUUACAAGAGCGUCUGGAAGGAAAGAAGAGCCUGAAAAAGAUGCAGGAAAUGAUAAAAUGCCCCAUCCAGAGCCUAAGGGAGAAACCGAAAAGAGUACUGACCAAAGUAAUAGGUCUGAUGCUACCGGUGGAGAAGCUGCAGAAAAAGAUGAUAAUAUCCUGGAGACAGUGUCUCAGUCUAAUGAAGCAGCUGGUUUACAAGAAGACAGCAAACAUAGUGUGCUGAAACCAACACCUCUAAAGAGAGGCAGAGUGCAGAGACCAAAACCAAACCUAGGAAGAACUAUUGCAAGGCAAAAAGACCUGAGAGAUGAAAAAGAUCCCGAGGAGCAGAAAACUGAAAGCAGAGGAGAAGAAAAAAGUGUGCUACAUCAUAGGGAUGAAAACAAUGAUCUGUGUCUCAAAAAUGAUGUGAUGGUUCAUGAAGACACUCAGCCAUGCAAUGUGAUGCUAGAAGGGCAUGUUACUUCAGAUUCUGAGAUGAGUUCAGUACAUACAAGGCGCUGUUCCCAGGAAAAGCCCUCAGAAGCAGAAAGCCAUGAAAGUGAAAAGGGCCUGUCAGAUACCUUGAAACAGGUUUCAGAUUUCAAUAAAGGGGAAUCUGGUCCUCAGAACGAAGAGGAGAAAAGUGUUGUAUCAUCAGGUCGUCUACUGAGGAGUCGAUUCCAGAAACCAAAGCCAAAUUUAAGAACGGCAACCAGUAGAAAGGAAGUGCCAGAUGUAAAUAAUAAAGGUCUAUCACAGAAAGAUACCAAAAAGGAAGAAAGUUUGACACAGUGUGACAGUGAAUGUUGCGUCCUUCCUGAUACAGAUAAAACAGGAAAACAUGAAGUCCUGCAACCAUCAGAAGCUGUAGGAAAGGAGCAGUCAUUUGACUCUCAGGAGGUUUUUGAAAGGCCAGGUUGUAAGUCCUCAAAUAUACUUUCAAGAUCAGAGGAUGGUGAACUUUGUCUGCCUGAAAUUAACCAAGGUGACACCUCAACUACUAAUGUAAGCAAAAAUACCAUUGAAGAAGAAAGUAAACAAACACCUCUUAAACCUGUCCAGUUACUGCGGAGCAGAUUCCAGAGGUACAAGCCAGACUUGGGAGGAGCUGUUGGAAAGAAGGAAUUACAAAUGUCAGAAAAUGAGAGAGGGAAAAAGCCUGAAGCAGAGCAGUUGGCAUUGCAGAAAGAUGCGUCUGCCAAUACUGUCAUGGGUGAAAAUGAAGCUGUGUUGUGUCAAGCAGAUGUGCAGAGCAAUGAGGAACAGGAACAGCAAGAGGCACCUCAGGUGCCCUGUAUUUCUGAAAACAUAUUGUGUGAACAAAGCAGUGCUGAAAAAUCCACUUCCCAAGAAGCCAACCUGGGUGCUCUGAAAUCGGGAGAAUUCAUAAAGAAUGGGUCUCGGAGAACUAGACCAAACCUAAAGAGAGCAUAUAGUGAAAAAGAAUCUCCAGUGGCACAAAAACUUGCUUGUCCAGUUGAGGAAGAAGCAAAUAAAGGAGAGAAUCUUCCUGUGGCAGAAGAACCUGAGGAGCAUCUUUCCUCAAAAGAUGACAUGGAAGUAUUGUUGGUUGUGGGAAAUUUGGCCAAGAAUGGCAAUCUAGACACAAAUACAGAAAGUAAAAAGUCAGAAACACACUGUUUCUCUAAAAAAUCACCUAACUGCCACAGCAAGGGAGAACAAGAAGAAGGUCUAUCUACAGGUGCUACAGGAAGCAUUCAGGAUACCACAGUAAGGUCCCAUGAUAAAUUAAGUUCUGGAGAAGAAAGUAAACAGAGUGAUGCAAAACUUUUGCAUCAAGCAAAGGAACCAUUCUGGAACCCAAGGCAAAACCUAAUGAGAGUUACUAGAAAAAGAGGUUAUCCAGAAGAAUGUGAAAACAGAGAAGAGGACAGUUCUGAGAACAGAAAUGCAGAAGCAUGUUUGAUGUUAGAGAAAACAGGUGCAUCAAUGCAAAACCCCAGUAACAUAGUGGAAGCUGCAUCCUUCUUUGAGGCUACAGGAAAACACAAUUUUACCGAUUCUGUUGAAGAAACAUCUUGUAAAAGAAUAAGGCAGGGGAGUAGACUUCAGUCUCCAGAGAUAUCAUCAGAGAGUGAGAGUCCAGUAGAACAAGAAGAUGAUUCUCAUCUUUCUGCUUCUCAGGAAAAAAAUUCAGACAUUCUCACAAGGAAGCAGUCCAGAAGGUCAUCAAAACGAAUAGUGCUGUCAAAACAUGUCUCAGAGCUAACAACUGCUGCGUCUUCUGCCUCUGAAUGUGAGACCGAUUGCAGUGAGAAGGGGAACCAAAGGCAUGAAGUUAAACUGAGUGUUACUAGAGGCAGAAGUUUGAAAACUACACAUAGAAGGAAACCCAGGAAGGAGCACAGAAGUUCAAAGACAACUUUGGUGACCCUCCGGACUCCUCUGGAAGAGGAGGAGGAAGACGAGGAGGCAGAUGAUUUUGAGCCUGAAGAUGAAGAAUGCUUUGCACCAGAGGAAAUAAACAAAGCUCCAGUGUUCGUUCCUAUAGGUCUUCAAUCUCCAAAACCUGUUCCUGUUGAGAUAGAGGAAACCAUGGAAGAGCUUGAAAUAUCUGUGAAUACACCAGAUGUGCAGGUGGCUACUGAUGUUCAAAGUCUCUCUCAGGCUUCUGUCCAGCCGGCGGUAUGGAGGGAGGAAAUAGUAAGCACCUCAGCAGCUGAGACAACUGUACAUGAAAAUCCAGAGGUAGACAAAGGAAUUAAUGAUGGAAGCACUGAAGCUGCCAUGACUUUACUUGCAAUGGGUGAUCCAAUGUUCCAGUUAAAAACAAACACUGAAGAAUGGACACAAACAUUACCCCCUCAAGAUAAGAUGGAUAAGGCCAGUAACCUUGUAACCCACGCCUGCUCCAGACAAAAUAGAGCACCUAGUCAGUAUUUACUUUCUGCAGACACUUCUACCGAGGAAUCAAUCCCUUCUGAAGAUGGAAGCAACAUUAAUGUAGAAGAUCAAAGCACUGGCACAAGAACAGGUGUUGGAGAAUAUUCUGAGAAAAAUGCUACAGAUACCAGUGAUAGCUCUUUGCCUACGGCAAAUAGUACGAGACUGACAAGCAGCAGGCUUCCGAGGCCUGAGCCUGACUUGGGAGUAUUGAGAUCCAAUGAAAACAUAAUUCAGAAGUCACUUAAUACAAACAUAUUUGUGGAACAGCCAGAGCAAGUUCAAAGUGAGUCAACAACCCUGAGAGGUACUGCAGAAAUGCAGAAGGUGGAACUAGACCUGGUCAGACCAGCUGCAGGUGAUUCUUCAGCUUUUUGUGAUGUCACGACUACAAGUACAGAACUUAUCAAAGAAGUAGACAAAACUGAGAGAACAGAAAACGAUACUAGAGAUGCUUGUGAAAAUUCAGGAGAUUUAAGACAGAGUUCUGUGGAUGGACUUGCUGAACAAAAUCCUUGUCCUCCUGAGCACAAUAUAUGCACCAUCAACCUUACUCAGAAGGAAGCUUUUGCUCAGGAUUCUCAACAAUGUGUAAGCAGCACAGAAGAGACUUCAGUAGUGAACAAUGAUCACAGAUGUCCAGAGGAGGAACAGACAUUCAUUUUAACUUUGGUGGAAAUCCCAGCUGACUCAAAAGAGUUUGAUAUAUCUGCUUUGCUGGAACAAACCUCAGAACCAUUACUACCAGCCCCAAUACUUAUCAGCCCAAUAAAUGCAAGCGAAGCAAGCAUGACUGAAGUGGAGAGCAUUGGAUCUUUGACAACUGCAGCUGAUGAAUUUGCUGCACCUUUAAACAGCGGUGUGGAAGCCAAACAAUUAGAGAGUCCAUCAGUAGAGCCUGUUCCAAAUUUGCAGACAACUCAAAAGAGGUCAGCUAUUGAGCUUGAAGAGAAUGAUUUUCCUCCUGCCAAGAAAACUCUGUCUACUGUUGUAGUGGAAAGUAACUUGGAAACCACAUGUCAGGGUGAUUCAGUUAAAUCCACAAAUGCUCCAAAGAUAGCUUCUGGCAGUCUCUUUCAAAAAACAGAGGCUUCAGCAAAGGAAGAAGUACUUCCCUCUGUGUUGGUUUCUGAGUCUAUGUCACCACUGGCUGAGAAAAGACAGCUUGAGACUUCAGAGGCUUUAGGGAAAACACCACCGGAGAAUUCAGCGUGCAGACAGGAGGAGGACGUGAUGUCUAGUUUAACAUCUAACAGACAAGCAGAAAUGAGUGGAGAAGGAAAGCAAGGGGAUGUGCAUGAAUCUGGACACUUGGAACCUACUGGAAGCCUAGCAUCAUCUUCAAAAGCUCCAUUACUCAGGGGUGGACGAAAACCAUUGGGAUUUUUAUCUUUAAUUUGCAAAAAAAGUAGUUCUGAAUCUGCAGAAGAUACCAAAGGAAAUAGAGGAAAGAUCCAAAAACCUCGGAUUGUGACUCCAAAUCGAAGUCUAAAAAAACCCACUCCAUCCACUAAGGUUGAUAGGGAAUCUUGUUCUCUUCCCUCAACAAGCACAUCAUCAUCUGUGGAGUAUGAGAACGUAGCUGCUGAUGCCGCAGUUAUGGUUCCAAGUAACAAGCCAUCUGAGAAGCCACCCCUUUGUGCUAAAGAUCAAGAAAGAGAAGAAGAGCCAACUAGAAUCUCUGAGUAUUUUUUCAGUGACAUAUUUAUGGAAGUGGAUGAUUCAGAAUAACUAAUUGUUUUAUAAAAAAAAAAGGAUCUGAGGCUGUAAUACAACAAGAAGAGAGUAUUUUUUUAAAGUUCUAAUUUGUUCUGGUGUUCAUUAUGCCACACUUAUGUCAGCUAAGCUGCUGUUAAUAAAUUUCAUAGAAAUGAAAUGGAUUCCUUCUGAAGUAGCCUGGAUACUUUCAAAAUGCUGACGUAAUCUAAACUGUGACACUGAUGUCAUUGGACCACACCAGUGGCUGCUGGCUUACAGUUCCACUUGUUUGGACACUGAUGUUGGAUGUAUGACUAUCUUCCAGAAAAGUGCGAUGAAAAAAUGCUUAAUCUUUUGACAAGUAUCCCAGUGAGUUGUAAUGCUAAAGCCUGUGGUACUGGCUGUAAAAGUUCUUUACUUCUUUUUGUGAAGUAUGUUAUGUUAGUGUGUUAGAAGGAGAAAUGGACUUCUCAUGUAUAGUGUAAUCUCUGUGGAUCAGGAUGCAAAUACUGGAAGUUGUGUAGUAAAUACAUAGAUAUGUUCAGCACUGCAGGUAUUUUUAUUAGUAUCUCCAAAUUAUGUAUUUUUGUACGAAUUUCUAAUUACAUAAAUUAAAGAUCCUAACCUGGGUUUAGUUCCUUAAAAAUAUAUUGAAAAAACUGGAGAAACAGAGUUUACUAAAAGAUGCUACACAAUGUUAAUCUUUGCAACUGUCCUAUUGGAGUGGGAAGAAGAGGCUAAUGAGUCCUCAUCUAAGUGCUAAUGUCCUUCUAAAUUUGAAAACAAGGGGAUAUAUACCAUUUCUUUUCCUUGGUUUUACAUGUAGGUGUUUGUAUAUCUUGUUUUACCUUGUGCAAAGUAGCACAAAGAGAUGGAUUUAAACCACGCCUAUACCGUAUGGUUGCUUUGAAGCUUGGCUACUUUGAAGCAGUUGGAUUUGAAUGGUUUUCAUCAUGUUGCAUGUCUAGUUGCACUCGCAAUGAAAUGUAACUUUAGAUUUUAGUCUAAUUUUUUACUUGUCUUAUCAAGAAGGUUGUCUUGAUGAGGUAAUAUGGUUCAUGGGGUCUCAAAGUCAGAUGGUCACUAAAAGAUUCAAUAUUCAAUAUUCAAUAUUCUGAAACUCCUUCUUACACAGAAAUGAGUGUGUAGAUUUAAAUAGUCUAAUUUUUUUCCUCCUGUUACUUAAUGCCAUCCAGCAUGAACCUUUUCAAAGCAAAUAAUUUAUUAUGAAAGUAAAACUGAUGUUUAAAUUGUAUUGUUAUGCUCUCAAGAAACCUGUCUUCACCUUUGGACUGGAUAAUAAUUUACUGGAAAAUAUUUUCAUGUAAGUAUCUAGUUAAUUUUGAAAUACUUUACGAAGUUUGAGACUGUUUGCCUUUUCUAGAAGUUAUUGGCAAGGCUUCUGAAGGAGCCUUUAAAAUUUCGUCAAUAAGGAAAAAUACACAGAAAAGCUACUGUUACUGCAGAUUGUGAUGUUAGCAGGUCUCUGUCAAUCGAGUGUCACUAGGAGCAGUAUCUUCUUGAGGGGAUGGAAAAGGGACUAGCAGUCCCAGUGUAAAGUAACUUCCUUGAAAGCAUAGUCAGCCCCUUCCCUCCAUGGCCCCCUCCCAAGAAACACCCCCAGUUUCUGUUCAGUGUCUUGUGCUUUGCCUAAUCCCAUUUAACUUGAAAUGUUCAUCUAAAUAUUGUCUUACUGUAAACAUUAUGGAAUAGAUUAAUCUAUACAUAAAGCUCCAUGUAUUGUAUAUCUUGUAGAUACUAUUUUAUGUAUGCAAGUGCUUAGUUCCUGAUACAUGUGGCAUGUUUAAAUAAUUUGCACUGAUAGAGCCUAAAAAUAUAUUUGUGGGGAGUGGCUAUAAAGUAGUAUCCCGAAGUACUGUCUGAGGUGAUAACCAUUCUACAUUUAGUUGGAUACAUUUUAACUUGCAUUCAUAUUACAAGGGAAAAAAAAAUACCACAACUUCAUUACUAAGAUUUAAGGUGCCUUAUCUACCUUGUUAACUGGGGCUACAUGUUUUUUCCCUGCAGUAAAUCACAUGCACUUUGUUAGAGGCUUUUUUUUAAAGAACAUUAAUUUGAAUAGAGGUAAGAUAACUUUGUGUUCUGUGUACGAAAGCUUUGUAAUGGUGAAGGAUGUAAGAAAAGAUCAAGGAAAUCUCAAUGCCUAUUAGUUUAGCAUCUUCACAAAGAUUUAGCAGAAGGCUGCUUUGCUUAGUCAGACACCCUGUAUCAUUGUAUGUAAGCUUUCCAUUUCAAAUAAACUAGUCAUAUUCUGUACGUAAAUUGUGAAUAAAUUAUUUUAUAUUA